UCAACCCGGGCUGCUCUGUUGAGGGUUAUCAUGACUGGAUCUGCUCUGGUUUCGUUUCUCCUGGCGCUGGCCUGUGUCCUUCUGCCGCUUUGCGCUGCUCAAGGCAGCUGUUUGGGGAGAUGUGGCGAGCCGUUCACCCGGGGACAGGUCUGUAGCUGUGACUACAGUUGUUUCGUCCACGGCGAGUGCUGCAAGGAUUUUGACGGUGUCUGCACUGUCGGUGGCUCCUGCAGGGGUCGCUGUGGCGAGGCGUUCCGGCGCGGGAGGCAGUGCCAGUGUGACUCAGACUGCGCUCUGCACGGCUCCUGCUGCCCGGACUACAGCGCGCAGUGCGGUGAGACGCGGCGCGAUGUUUUCUCCCAACUGCAAGCUGCAAGAAGCUCAAAACCUAACACACCAACAGAUUAUACUGAGGAGUGUAUGGCGGCAUGUCUCGCAGCACAGCAAAACCCAGAUCUCAUGAGAGAUGGUAACAGAAUGAAUAACUUUAUGGCUCCCUCUGAUGCCACAUCACUUCCUGCUGGUGGCCCUCCGCCCCAGGACGUCUUUUCUCCUCUGACACCCUCUGAUAUAUCCGGCAUCGGAUUCAACCCGUCCGGGGGCCCUCUGCCAGGCUCCGGCCCUGCUCCUGCAGCGGGACCUUCCUCUGACGGUCCCCUGGCCAUCCCUGUGCAGGUGUCCCUCUCGGUCAGCGGACAAGGAGACAGACCCAGCUCUCUGGCAGACAUCGCUCAGGCCAUGGCAGCCAGCAGCCCUGCAGCACCAGAUGCCGACUCGAACCCUAAUCUGUGCAGUGGCCCUGCCAUCGAUGGAAUGGCAGUCCUCCCCAACAACUCCAUCAUGGUUUUCAGAGGUCACUUUUUUUGGGUGCUGAACCCCAAAACUAAAAGAGCUGGCCCUGCUCGUAGAAUCACCGAGGAGCUGGGCGUCCCGUCUCCCGUCGACACGGCCUUCACACGCUGCAACUGCCAGGGCAAGACCAUCAUCAUCAAGGGCAACAACUACUGGAGUUUGGAGAAUGGUGUUGUGGAAGCCGGGUAUCCCAGAUCUGUGUCCCAGGACUUCGGUGGGCUCACCGGUGAGAUCACCGCUGCUUUGCCAGUCCCAGCCACCAGAAAGAGACCCGAGUCUGUGUACUUCUUCAAGAAAGGAGGCACAGUUCAGAAAUUGACUUUUCCUGCCGGAAGUGCGCCAACUUGCAGCGGAAAGAGAUCCAAAAACCCAGACAAAGUUCCAAAAAAUGGCAAACAAGCAGCGAUCCAGUUGUCAGGGGAGAUCAACAUCAACCUCAAAAUGAAGGGCUUCCCGGCCCCUGUGACAUCAGCCUUGUCCAUGCCCAACCCCAGGAAGUCGGAGGGCUUCGAUUACUUUGUUCUCUCUUGGCCUAAAGUCCUAAACGUGAAGGUUAGCGGUGAUCUGCCCGCUUUGACGGCCCCUGCCAGCCACUCGUCCCAGCAGAACGACAUCGGCAAGUGGCUCAACUGUGCCUGAAAGAGCAGCGUGAAUCAAACGGCACCAGCAGCU